GAAUCUGGGGGUACUCAUGGAAACAAGAGUUUUGCAAACACAGAGAUGUAUAUAUAUAUAUUGUCUGUGUGCCUCAGGAGGUCACAGCUCUCCUGCACCUGACAAUGGCAGCAUACAUCACAAGCGUCCUUCUACUGGCGGCUCUCUGUAUAGGGACAGCCUCCUCCCUGACGUGUUACACGUGUGCGGCUCAGAGCAGCAACGCCAACUGCUUAACAUCACAGACUAACUGCACCAGUGGCGUGGGAUACUGCGAGACCUCCGUCUCCUACGUCGGCAUUGGUUCAUUAUCUACGUCCACCAUCACCAAAACAUGCGCAGCGGUCUGUACAUCGGUCGGCUUCAACGCUUUGGUGGCCUCAACCUCCGUUUCCUGCUGCAGCGCAGACCUGUGCAACACCAGCGGUGGCUCCAAUAUAAAAUACAACUUUACCGCCAUCGCUCUGGCGCUGGGAUUCAUCUUUCUGAAAAACUACAUUGUGUGAUAAUUAACCGAAGAAACUGAGCGUCUCGUUUACCUCAUUAAGACUAUUGGGCCUAAUUCACAGUUGUGCGCUACUGCUGCUGUAGAUGCGAUUUAUGACUCAGAGGACGUGCGAAAAUAUUUGAAUGCAACAGCCGCCGGGAUUUUUCGCAGCUGCCCGCAACAGCGCACACAAUCGCAGCAUUGACGUAGAUCCGCAGAGAAACACUGACUCAAAAAACAGUCCAGACACACUCGCGUUUUAUGCGGCCACUUCCCGUUACCGACCACAAAGCGUACGCUCCCUGUCAAUCACUCGCAAAUGAAUUCUCACUGAGAGCGUAAUUGCAAUUCAAUUGCCAAGCGUGCGCAUUCAAUUACCAAGCGUGCGCACUGAGAAAGCAUCGGCAUAUUGUACAACUGUGAACC